UAUGUUGUCUGCAAAAUCCUUCUUUGUGUAUAGUGUCUGCAGUACUUGUCUGCAAAGUAUUCUGUUCCGUGGUUUUUGAUCGAAAGUUCUUUAAUUACGAUGAAAUAACUCUCAUAUCACACCGGCCAAUUGCGCGUGCGCAAUGGAUAUGAAAAAUAUGGCGGAAUCAAAACAACCCAUAAUUUUUUGACAAAAUCUACGUGAUUGUGUCAAUAAUUUAGUUAAUUAUAUACGCAAAAAUGAAAGAGAUGGUAGGAGGUUGCUGCGUUUGUUCAGACGAGAGGGGUUGGGCAGAGAAUCCGCUCGUUUAUUGCGAUGGACACGGUUGUAAUGUUGCCGUCCACCAAGCUUGUUAUGGAAUAAUUCAGGUACCAACUGGACCUUGGUUUUGUAGAAAAUGUGAAUCCCAGGAGAGAGCUGCACGUGUUAGAUGUGAGUUGUGUCCCUUGAAGGAUGGUGCCUUGAAGAGAACUGAUAGUGGAGGUUGGUGUCAUGUGGUGUGUGCGUUAUUUAUUCCUGAGGCCUGGUUUGCCAAUGUACAGACAAUGGAACCUAUUAUGCUGAAAAAUGUUCCACCUGAUAGAUUUAAUAGGAUGUGUUAUAUCUGUGAGGAGCAAGGAAAGGAGGUAUCGAAGGCCUCCACAGGGGCCUGUAUGCAGUGCAAUAGAAAUGGAUGUAAACUCAACUUUCAUGUAACAUGUGCCCAAGCCAAUGGAUUUUUGUGUGAAGAGUCAGGUAGCUAUGGAGACAAUGUGAAGUACUGUGGGUACUGUAGCCACCAUUACAAAAAACUGAAAAAGGAUUCCAACAUAAAGACCAUUCCAGCAUUUAAACCGAUCCCUGCAGAUAAUGCAACUCCAGAUUCAACUCCAGAGAAAAUGAAUAGUGAUAUCAAAAUCAAUAUAUCAGCUGAGCACAAGAACCGAGAGUCAUUUGCUGCACGACAGUUGUCUGGUUUGACUGGUUCAGCGUUUGAUCCUAAAGGAAGAGAUUAUAGUUUGUCUAUGAGGUCUCACAAUAUAAGAAAUUCCAGUCAGAUGCCCCCUAUACAAUCUAGUAACAAAAUUGAUACAGAUAGUAAAUCACAAGAUAUUAAAAGUCAAGACAAGACAUCAUCAUCUUUAACAGCUGCCAAUACUUCAACCUCAUCAUCAACCACAACAACAGUAACAGAGAAUAAACCAGUCACAGAGACAGGGAAGUUGUUCUCUCCCCUUCCUGAAGGCCAGCUUACACUGCCUUUACCUGUCACUACACAUGUAGCAUUCCCAACAUCUCUAGAUGGUAUGAUAUCUAGUAUGGUAAAUAGUGCCACCUCAACUCCAACCACAGAUACAGAAAGCCUCACUGUCGGCAGACCUAGGAAAUCAAGAGCUGGAUCUCUUGAUAAGGAUAAGAAAUCCCGACGGGGCAAGGCUGGUUUGUCGGCCCGUCAUCGAACAAUGAAAACAUCCCUUAGUGAGGACAAUGAGGAGACUUCCCCACCUACAAACAAAAGAACAAGGAAGAAAUCAGAGAGUAGUACAAAUGUUCCUAUCACAUCAACAUCCACAUCAACUGUUCCUGUUUCCUCUAUUCCUUCUACAACUACUGCUACACCACAUGGCCCUCAGAAUCCCAAUGUGUUUGGUGGAGAACCUCAUUUUCCAAAUCCAAUUUCAAGGACACCUUUCUCUCACACUGAGACCGGUACCCUGGUAUCCAACCUACCAAAGAUGGAAACUGGUAUCACACAGGGAACCAGUCAGAUAUCUUCACUCCUUCCCACAGGUAUUGCAGGAGUAGAAAAAAUAACAAAUGGGCCACUGAUAGGUCCUCCAAAACCUUUCAACUCAUCGUCUUUAUUAACAACAGAUUCAAAAUCAAGUGAGACUCCAGGUAGUAUGGAGGAACUGCUAGAGAGGCAGUGGGAACAAGGCUCAAACUUCCUUAUGGAGCAAGGACAACAUUUUGAUAUUGCAUCAUUACUAAAUUGCCUGCAUCAGUUAAAAACAGAAAACACACGUCUAGAGGAAUAUGUUCGGAAUUUAAUGUCACGGCGGGAUCACUUACUUGCUGUCAAUGCUAGACUGUCUCUACCAUUCAACUCGAACGAAAGUGCGAAUUCGACUGGAGCACAAGGGGAUAGUAAUGAUGUAGCGGGGAGAGGGGAGACAACUCCAGAUCAUGUUGAACCAAAGAUAGAUAACAUCUCAGAUGAUGAUGAUAGUCCUAUAAAUGUGGUGGACCCACCAGGUGAUACUAACUGUAGAAACAGCUCAGUAGUUGGCAAUGGUUCACAUGAUUCAGCAUUACGGCAUCAACUUUUCUCCUCACCCUCAGGCUUAAUACCACAGAAUGGCAGUGAACAGCUGACUAACUCUACCUCAUCUAACAGUUCAUCAGUGAAAGAUCCUACAGCAAAGGAUAAAACUUGAAACAACUUGUUCACAUAUAUAUAUAUAUAUAUAUAUAUAUAUAUUAUAUUUCCAUUUGGCAGCAAUAUAUUUAAUGAUUGAUUGAACUAAAAGUGUAAAGAUUCUUUGAUGAAAGAGCUACUCUUUUAACUGGAGAGACUGUUGUGUUGCACAGUAAUAAUAAAAUUCCAUUAAAUGACGAUUUUCACUGCACAGUUGUGUAUGUAUUGAGCAGGAUAGCUCUCCAUAUACUUUUGACAUUUUUGCAUGUAAAUUGCCAGGUUUAUUUAAAAAAAAAACAUUACCAUUGAUUCCCACAUAUUAUACUCCUGGAAACACCCCCAUAUCAUGGAUGUGGCACAGAACAUUUAGUAAACUCCAAACAGUGAACACUUGAAAAGAUUGUCGUUCAUGUUCAAACUUGGUAAAUUUGAUCUCUGGAUGUUUUCAUUAUGGCCUGAACAUGGAAACUCUUUCCGAUCAGUAACUUGAGAACCACUUUGCCCAGAAUGUUGAAACUUCAUAGGAUGAUUUGAGUAAAUGACAUGAUAAUUGAUUUUUGAGUGGCUCGAUCAAAGGUCAAGGUCACAACAAUUUCCAGUUCAUAACUUGAGAACCACUAGGCCCAGAAUGUUGAAAUUCUUUAGACGAUGGACAUGCUGAGUAGAUAAUCCCAAUUGCAGCCAACCAUCGGUGUCUUUAGACAUAUGCUCCUAUCCCCUAUUGACUUAUUGCCUCUUUCUACUAUGCAUUGUGGGAGACAUGUGCUUUUCUACUAAAGCAUAUUGUAGUUCAUAUAUGUUUUUAGCUCGACUUUUCGAAGAAAAAAAAGCUAUUGUACUCGCCCUGGCGUCGGCGUCGCUGUUGGUUAAAUUUCUGAUCAAGUCAAAUAUCUCUGUUACUAUCAAAGCUAUUGACUUGAAACUUAAAAUAGUUAUUUACUAUCAAAGUCUACACCAGGAGAAACAAUCCCCAUAACUCUGAUUUGAAUUUUAACAGAAUUAUGCCACUUAGAAUUUUUGGUUGAAGUUUUUGAUUAAGUCAAAUAUCUCUGUUACUAUCAAAGUUUUUUAUUUGAAACUUAAAAUAGUGAUUUACUAUCAAAGUCUACACCAGGAGAAACAAUCCCCAUAACUCUGAUUUGAAUUUUGACAGAAUUAUGCCCCUUUUUAACUUAGAAUUUUUUGUUAAAAUUUUUGAUAAAGUCAAAUAUCUCUGUUACUAUUAAAGCUUUUGACUUGAAACUCAAAAUAGUUAUUUACUAUCAAAGUCUACACCAGGAGACACAGUUCCCAUAACUCUGAUUUGAAUUUUGACAGAGUUAUGUCCCUUUUUAACUUGGAAUUUUUUUACUGGCAAAGCUCUUGAGAAAAGUCGAGCGCGCUGUCUUACAGACAGCUCGUUUUUUUUUCACUAAAAACGUCCUCCCACCCCCACCAAGAUUUUAGGCACAAAUCGGGGAUGUGCAUUGUACAUGGGUAUUUAUGGUAUCCAGUCAUAACACAAGAAGUAUGUAUUGUUUAAUACUGAUUGGGAAAAAGUGCAUGGAACUUGCUAGUUUUGAAUUGAACAGUUCAACUCCAGUGUGAGAAAUCAUACAGUUUAUAGCAGGUGACUGGGAAACAUUAUUGAGUUACAGUAUGUUAAUGAGCAUGAUAUGUGUGAGCAUUAUAUAUGCUUGAGCAGACAUGUUCAUACUGCCAGCUGGUUGUGCACAAGUUCUGUUUACAUAGGAUGCAGUAAAAGGUUGGAGAGUCUAAGAUAUGAGUCAGAUUUACACAUGUAAUCUGGAUUGUACAAACAAAAUAAUGUAAGUUUUCUUGCAGCAUCUAUACAACUGACUGAAAGCGAAUUUCUAUUUUGUUAGCUCAACAGAGCCAAAGGCUCAGGGUGAGCUAUUCUGAUCACUCGCUGUCCGGCAUCCGUCCGUAAACUUCUACUUUAAACGACAUCUCCUCAUAAACCGCUAGGCCAAUUUCAUCCAAACUUCACAGGAAUGUUCCUUGGGUGAACCUCUACAAAAGUUGUUCAAAGAAUUGAAUUCCAUGCAGAACUCUAGUUGCCAUGGCAACCGAAAGGAAAAAUUUAAAAAAUCUCAAAAACAAGAAGCCCUAGAGCUUAGAUAUUUGGUGUGAAGCAUUGCCUACUGGACCUCUACCAAGUUUGUUCAAAUCAUGACCCCGGGGUCAAAAUUGACCCCGCCCCAGGGGUCACUUGAUUUUACAUAGAUUUCUAUAGGAAAAUCUUUUAAAAAAAUUUAAAAAAUAAACCAGAAGGCGUAGAGCUUAGAUAUUUGACAUGUAGCAUUGCCUAGUGGACCUCAACAAAAUUUGUUCAAAUCAUGACCCCCGGGGUCAAAAUUGACACCACCCCAGGGGUCACUUGAUUUUAUAUCGGAAAAUCUUCAAAAAAUUUCUAAAAAUAAGCCAGAAGGCCUAGAUCUUAGAUAUUUGACAUGUAGCAUUGCCUAAUAGACUUCUACAAAAUUUGUUCAAAUCAUGACCCCCGGGGUCAAAUUGACCCCGCCCCAUGGUGUUUCUUGAUUGUACAUAGAAAAAUCUUCAAAAUUUUCUAAAAAUAAACCAGAAGGCCUAGAGCUUAGAUAUUUAACAUGUAGCAUUGCCUAGUGGACCUCUACAAAAUUUCUUCAGAUCGUGACCCCUGGGGUCAAAAUUGACCCCGCCCCAUGGGGUUACUUGAUUGUACAUAGAAAAAUCUUCAAAAUUUUCUAAAAAUAAACCAGAAGGCCUAGAGCUUAGAUAUUUGACAUGUAGCAUUGCCUAGUGGACCUCUACAAAAUUUUUUCAAAUUUUGACCCCCCCAGUGUCAAAUUGACCCAGCCCCAGGGGUUACUUGAUUGUACAUAGGGAAGUCUUCAUAAAUUUGCUAAAAAAACCCCAGAAGGCCUAGAUCUUAGAUAUUUGAUAUGUAACAUUGCCUAGUAGACUUCUACAAAGUUUAUUCAAAUCAUGAUCCCCGGGGUGAAAUAGGCCCCGCCCCAGGGGUUACUUGAUUGUACAUCGGAAAAUCUUCCAAAAAAUUUCUAAAAAUCAUCAGUUUGACAUUUGAAACAUGUAGCUCACAUUACUCAGGUGAGCGAUCCAGGGUCAUCAUGACCCUCUUGUUAGACAUUGUUAGCUUGUCUGUUUGUUUUUUUUUGAAAUCUAGGCGGUAUUGUCGUCACUUGAUCGUCGGCCAGUUAAAAUUUUUGUUUAGGUCCACUUUUUCUCAAAAACUAUACUGGUUGGGAACCAUUUUCCGGACACAUUUUCAUAUUUCGGCUCCAUUAUUCCCUUAAAAAAAUAUUUGACAUAAAUGAAGUCCACACUGCACAAACUUUAGCUCCUUCCACAUCCGAUGUAGUAAUCAGCAUCGCGUUAUGACGUAAAAUAUGGGUUCCAUGGGGCUUCAAAUGGGGUCACUAAAAUAAGUUAUUUUUCCCGUCAGGAAAACCAGUAUCCGGACAAAUAUUUUGAAGGUGUUUUGUUGUUAAUUUGAUAUCAAAAUAAGUAAUUAAACUAUUUCUACACAUUUCUUUAUCAUUCAUCUCUUCAAAAUUGCACAUGAAACAUAACCCGACGGUCAAUAACAGCUACGAAAGCAAACCGAGGUUGACUAUAAAAACUCGAAUUUCGUCUGAUACGAAUUCUUGAUAAUUCCAAUAGAUAUAGAAUAAAAUUAGUGCAAAAAUCGACAGCCCUGCAUCUUAAGUAACUUUUAGCAUGAAAUUAAAAGUAGAACAUGUUAUCAGCAGACAAUCAUUAUGUAGUUUGAUUAUUUCUUCCCCACUUGAUACCUCGGCAUGUGUGAACUACUGCGCAUGCGCAAUGCUAUCUUCAUGCCCCGUUAAGACAGAAAGUUACUUUGUAAACGCAGGUAAGUUAUCAUCAAAAACCAAAACAUGAUACAGCCUUAUGAAAUAGUGGUUUGUUGUAGACAUGAGGAACAAACAUCUAAAUGAUCUAGAUGAAACAAUUACAUGAAUAACAAAGAAAUAAAGCGGAUAUUACAUGUGUCCGGAAACUGGUCCUGUCCAGAAAAUAGUUCCCAACCAGUAAGGGCUACAGCUUUGAAACUUUGUACACUUGUUUAUCAUCAUUACAUGAUUAGCUCUGAUAUGCAUUUUGUCAGAAUUAUAGCUCUUUUUGUACUUAGAAAAUUUGAGUUUCUUGGUUAAAAUUUUUGUUAAGGUCCACCUUUUAUCAAAAACUGUAAGAGUUACAGCUUUGAAACUUUACACACUUGUUUAUCAUUAUUACUCGACUAUGUUUGCUAAGAACCAUAACUCUAACCUGCAUUUUGUCAGACUUAUCACCUUUUUUUGUACUUAGAAGUUCUGAACUAUAACACUUUUUCUUACUGACCAGCACUUGCAGACGAGCAAUGGCACUUACUGGUCAAUCCACUUUUUAUAUACCCGAAGGGACAUAUUAUGUUUUUACGCCGGUGUCCGUCCGUUAGCAAUUUCGUGUCCGCUCUGUAACUCUUGAACCCCUUGAAGGAUUUCUAAGACACUUGGCACAAAUGUUCACCACAUCGAGACGAUGUGCAGAGCAAAUGUUUCGUAUGGCUCGCUUCAAGGUCAAGGUCACACUUAGGGGUCAAAGGUCAUAUGACUUUGUUUUGUGUCUGCUCUGUAACUCUUGAACUGCUUGAAGGAUUUUAAAGAAAGUUGGCACAAAUGUUCACCACAUCAAGACGACAUGCAGAGCGCAUGUUUCGGAUGGCUUGCUUCAAGGUCAAGGUCACACUUAGGGGUCAAAGGUCAUAUGACUUUGUUUCAUGUGUAUAUUGCUCUGUAUUGUGGUGCUCUUGUUUUUAUUUGGCAGAUCACUUUUUUGUUCACUUACAAUAAUUUUAUAUUGAAUUCCUUCCCUUUUAUGUUACUAUAAAUAGCUUAUUUUCUAACUUUUUUAUUAUUGGCCGUAGGAAAAAACCGAGAAUUUUUUUUUUGUUCACUUAAAAUUUGUUUUUGAAUUUCUUCCCUUUGUUCUUCCUGUCCUUUGGGCUUCAACAGUCAAGUUCUUUGAAUUUUGUAUCCAUUCUCUGAUAUAACCCUUCGGGCGUAUAUUGCCCUGCUUGGCGGAGCUCUUGUUCAGUUUUAUCUUUAAAUGUAAAACAAACCUUUGAUAAUAUAAGAACUCAGAGGGUGAUAUUAGAUAGGUUUUGAAUUUUCAAAAUAUUUAGAGUAGUUUUGAAUUUGUCAUUAAAACUAUUUAGAUGGGGUAUCUUCCAUUGAAAAUUUCAGCCGCUUGACAUCAAAGCUAAACAUAAAUUUUGACUUUAUUGUGAGUGGAUUUUUACAAGACAUUCAGAAUCUCUUAGCAUUAGAGCAGCAUUUCCAUGCAAACAUUUCUUUAAAAAGGUAUUUUGCAAAGUGCCCAAUUUUUGCAAUGGGAAAAAUUCAUUUUUGAUCAUAAUAAAAUGCAAUUAUUGACUAGGUGGAUCAAACAAAAGUUUAUUGUUAUCCCCCGUCGAUGAAAUCAGGAGGAGGGUAUUGAAAUGGCGUUGUGCAUCCAGGUGUGUGUGCGUCCGUCCGCAGCCAUAUCUCAGUAACUAGCAGGUAGAAUUUCAUGAAACUUGAAAUAAACAUGAACCAACAUACUGCCAUGAUGCCCGUCAAGUGUUUUUUUUGAUUGGUCAAUUUCCCUGAGAGUUAUUGCCCUUGAUUUAAUGAAAAAUCCACGUCUGCAGUCAUUUCUCAGUAACAAGCUGGUAGAAUUUCAUGAAACUUGAAACAAAUAUGAACCAACAUACUUCGAUGAUGUCUGUCUUUUUUUUUUUUCAAUUGGUCAAUUUUCCUUAGAGUUAUUCCCCUUUAAUUGUUUGAAAAUCUACAGAUUUGUACAUAACAAACCAACCAUUUUUACCACCUUGCCUUGGUAACCUCCCCCCCCCCCCCCCCACCCAAAAAAAAAAGAUAAUUUUUCAUUCCUUUGUAUUUUUUUCAAACCUUCCAUAAAUAUUUAUCAACAUGCAAAGUUGUACCGUUCCCCCACCUCACUCCUCCACCCAGUCAUGCCCACACCAAAAAAUAGCAUUCAUUUUCUGUUAAAUUGAUUUUGACUAAUGAAAUUAUUUGCCUCUUAGUAACAUCCUUAACUUAUUGCCGGAUAUACUGCUUUCCCAUUCCUCACCACAAUCCCUUUCGGCGGCAGAUACCAAUUCAUCGAAUUUGCUUGUUUGAAUAUUUGUUUGGAUUGUAAUGACCCAUUCUCUUCUGACAAGAGAACAGGCUGAUGUAUUCAUUCAGUGAAGUAAUACUUUCAAAGUUUUUUGUAUUUCAUGCAAUACCCUUUGAUCAUUUAGACAUUUAAAAGUAUUUUUGUACCCCACCCCACACAAAAUUUUUCAUGGAGCACUAAGAUUUGCCCUCAUUCAUGUCUGUCCAUCCAUCCAUUAUUGUCCUUGACCUAGUAAAAUAUGCAUAAAGACCUUUAAGUUCAUAAAAAUAUUUGACUAAGAAUCCUGAAACCAUAUUGGAAUAUUUGUGAAUUUGUGUGCCUUUGGUUUGCUUUGGAUUUCACUCUGCAAGACCAAAGUUAUAACCCAUGACUUAGUCAAAAAUAUGCAUUUAAAGAAGUUUGUGUUGCUAGUAUCUCAAAAAGUAUUUGACCUGGAGUCUUAAAACAUUACAGGAAUGUUGUUCCCGGAUGUAAAGUUAGGCUCAAAUGAUUUUUUCUUGCAUUAAAUCUCUCCUACCCUGUCCCCAGAAAUAGACACAGAAAUUUUACACAAUGCAACUAGUAUAUACAUAGUUAAACUUGAACUUAGUAACAUGACCAUACAGUGACAGAAAUUUGGGGGGCACCAGUGUCGUAUGAACACUCCUCUAGUUUUUUAAAAUGGAAACAUAACAUGUACAUCAUUUUAUGAGUGACCAAAAUAGUUAUGCAUAAAAGUUAAUUGUACAAAAAUACUCAGGGCAGACCUCUUUAUAUGUUGCCUUUGAUUUUAUGCUAUUUGUUAUUGUCAUGUGUUACGUUUGUAUUGUAUCAUGUAAAUUAAAAAAUAUUUAGUGCUAUUAAUGAAAUAAAACGAUUGAUGAUUUUUC